AUGAUUGCUCUACAAGCCAAGCGGAGAAUCAUGAUAAAUUCAACUCAGAUUUCAUUCUUCACAUUCAAUGCCUACGUUGACACUGGCCACUUAAAAUAUUUAUUUUUUGUUAUUGUCAUGUCCAUGUAUAUUUUAAUUAUUUGUUCCAAUGUGUUUCUCAUUGUGGUUAUCUGUAUGAACAGAAGCUUACAUGAACCUAUGUACCUUUUCCUGUGCAGCCUGUUUGUAAAUGAACUGUAUGGUAGUACAGGGUUGUUUCCAUUCCUUCUGCUUCAGAUCCUCUCCGACAAUCACACUGUUUCUAAAGCUUUUUGCUUCCUGCAGAUCUUCAGUAUUUAUACUUAUGCAAAUGUGCAGUUCUGUAACUUAAUGGUCAUGUCUUAUGACAGAUAUCUUGCUAUCUGUUAUCCUCUGCAAUAUAACACACGUAUGACUCCUAAAUCUGUUUUCACACUUGUUGCUAUAACAUGGAUAUUCCCAUUUGUGGAAGUUGCUGUCAUGUUAUCUUUGAGUGCUACUUUACAGCUGUGUGGAAACAUUAUUAACAAAGUUUACUGUGACAACUACUCUAUAAUCAAACUGGCCUGUUUUGACACCAGUGUCAAUAACAUUUAUGGACUUAUUUACACUGUUUUCAUCAUUAUUGGUGCUGUAAUUUUAAUUCUUUACACGUACAUAAGGAUCCUUAGAGUGUGUUUUUCUGGUUGUAAAGAAAGCCGACAGAAAGCUUUCAGCACCUGCACACCUCACCUUGCUUCCCUGCUCAACUUCUCUUUUGGUGGUUUCUUUGAAAUAGUGCUGAGCAGAUUUAAUAUGAGCAGUGUACCCAACAUGUUACGUGUGUUCUUAUCAAUAUACUUCCUCAUUUGUCAGCCGCUCUUCAACCCUGUACUGUAUGGACUGAAAAUGUCUAAAAUACGUAUAGUAUGUAAAAAGCUUCUCAUGAGGGAAAUGUAA